UCACUAGUGGGCAGUGUGACCCGGUGACAGCCGCUGUUCUCCCGGAAUAUCACUCACCAGGGGCUCACACAUUUCUUUUCAGGGAUUGGCCGAUGUAAAAAGAAGAUAACCCACGUUUUAUUUUCUUUUUACACCAGUUGUUAUGUUAUUAAUAACGUCUAUCAACUGCAUAUGUGUCGAGCUAAAGGCCCGCGGCCCAAAUGCCCGCCAUUUUGUUUUGCCCGGAGGAGCUUAACAGUCCAGAAACAUGCAGGACUACAUUUAAUAGACACCCUGUUUGGACCACAAGGAUAAAUGCGAAUGUGAUCCUGAAAAGAAUGACGUGCCUUUUGUCUAAUGUGAGCAGUGGUAACCAGAUUUGAACCCACCCGUGACCGGACAUUGAACUCACUGUUGGCCCUAUGACUGUGAGAAAGGGAAAAAGUCUAGCCGUCUCCAUCCAGGAGCACAUGGCCAUUGAUGUCUGCCCGGGUCCCAUUCGUCCCAUCAGACAAAUCUCUGCUUACUUCCCUCGCAUCUCGCCCACAUCCUCCUUCGCUGAGCCGUUUUCGCCCAACCAGUUGUCCCCUCCUAAGGCUCUCAGCCCAGGCAGCGCAUGUCAAGGCGGAGGGGCCGUCGGAGGGGGAGAAGGCGGGGGGAGCGGCAGGUUGUUGUCGCCGCUGUUUCCAGGGGGAACAGGGCUGGGAGGCUCGCUAUCAGCCACGAGCAGCAUGGACACCUCCAUUGAGAUUGACAGCUGUGACAGCGACGAUAGCACCUCCCUCGGGACUUUGGAGUUUGAUCUUUUGUAUGAGAGAGCCACUAGUUCUUUGCACUGCACGGUGCUAAAAGCCAAGGGUCUAAAACCGAUGGAUUUCAAUGGUUUGGCCGAUCCUUACGUCAAACUUCAUCUUCUUCCUGGUGCUUGCAAGGCUAACAAGCUGAAAACCAAGACUGUACGCAACACGCUGAACCCCGUGUGGAACGAAACCCUCACCUACUGUGGAAUCACAGAGGAAGACAUGUACCGCAAGACACUCCGAGUGUCUGUGUGUGAUGAAGACAAGCUGACGCAUAAUGAGUUCAUCGGGGAGUCCAGGGUGGCCCUGCGCCGUGUGAAGCCUGACCAGACCAAACACUUCAACAUCUGUCUGGAGCACCCGCCUCCCCUGCCAUCACCAACUGCAAUGAGCACAGCUCUCAGAGGGAUCUCCUGUUACCUGAGAGAGUGGGAAACGGAGCAGCAGAGGAGCCUGGAGGAGAGAGGUCGUCUGUUGCUCUGCCUUCAGUAUCUGCCUCCCGCCACUGACAGCGACGUGGAGGGUGAGGGCAAGGAGAGGGCUCGUGGAGGGCUUUGCGUGGGCGUCAAACGCUGCGCCCAUCUGGCUGCAAUGGACGUCAAUGGCUACUCUGAUCCCUAUGUCAAAACAUACCUGAAGCCUGACGUUCAAAAGAAAUCCAAGCACAAAACAGCGGUAAUCAAAAAGACUCUUAAUCCAGAGUUUAAUGAGGAGUUCUUCUAUGAAAUCUCCUUCUCUGAGUUAGCCACAAAGACACUGGAGGUCACGGUGUGGGACUAUGAUCUGGGGAGGUCCAACGACUUCAUAGGUAAGUGGACGUCACUGACGAGCAACCGGCUGGUUUCCAUCAGUUUAACGCAAUGCUUGGUUUUUUUUUUUUCCCGAUAAUCGCUAUUACCCAUGAUGCAUCGCGCCGUCGGCCAUGUUGUGCGGCAAAAGUCGCGAGUAUGUAGACGCAAACAGUCGAUAAUGACAACAAAAGACAAGUAUAAUAAAUGGCCGGAGGGAGAUCAGACGAAAUUGUUGUUCAGAACAGACUUUGUAAGAAAAGUUGCCAAAAAACGCCCAACGUAUUAAACAAUACACUAAAAACAUCUAUAUUUUGUUAUAAAUAUAUAUAAUAUAUAUGCGUACAUACAAUGCUUAGCAUAGGUAUUCACCCCCCUUGGAUGUUUUACACUUUUAUUGCU